AUGGCUACACCAGACCGGGGACGCAGCUCGACGCCCCAAUCCGGAGCUCCGUUCGCUUUCCCUCCUCUAUCUUCCUCUCCCGGCUCCGUACGCAGUCGCAACCUCAACUACGGUACCUCGCUGCCCCGGGCUGACGCGACCGCCCGCCUGGCAACACCCAUUCCUUCCCAGGCCUUCGGCACGCCGCCGCGCAGCUCCGCCUCCCCAAACCGCGGAAAUGGAGCGAACCCAGACAACCUGACACCUCUGCCUGGUCAGGGUCAAGGUAGUGUCGGGCCUGGCGUCUCAGCACUCGCUGCCGCGCUGUCGAACUCAGUCGGCACCUCGCCGCCGAGAUUCGGAACACCGCCUGCCCGCCCGAUCUCCCCGGCCGGCUCAGCGUCUCAGCUUCACCGGAUAGAGCCGACCAACUAUGGCUCCUUCGAAGCGAGAUCGCGGCACCUACAAGAGAAUGGUACAGGUGCAUAUGAGGACCCAGAGAUUGUGAGGCGUCAUCUGGUCCAACCUUCUGAUACUCCGGACCCCACCGAAACCUCGGGCAAGGGCAAGCAAGCCGGGGACAACGCCGAGUCGGUCUUGGAUGAAGAUGAAUUCUCCAGCCUCAGGCUCCAAGGAGGCGAUAUUACGCGGCCCAUCUACAAGUGGACCCAAGAGGCCGAAGGGCGGCAUCGCGCCCAGCGCAGCAAGAGUUUCAGCGACCCCCGCCCCGAGCCAGAGAACGAUGUUUUCGACAUCAACACCAUCAAGGUACCGGGCGGUUUUAGGCGCAACUAUCUGAGGCGAUCUGCGCACAGCCCUUCGGCCCAUGCCUCGAGCCUUGAGGCUGGGGAGGCAUCCCGAAAUCAGCCCCAGCUCUUUACUUCCAACUUCUUGGAGUUCUUGACCAUCUAUGGACAUUUCGCCGGAGAGCAGCUGGAAGAAGAUGACGAGAAUCUUCUUCCGGGCGAGUACUUUUCUUCCGGCGAGGAUGAGUUCGAAUCAGAUGAGAGUGAUGAGGACAGGGAGCCCAUGGAGGACAGCGCAUUGCUGACGCCGUCUCGGCGCAAGCGCAGACGCAAGUCGCGCGGCGGAAGUGGGAAGAACUCUCCAUUCAAUGCGGCUCUUCUUCUACUCAAGUCAUUCGUCGGAACUGGCGUCCUCUUCCUACCCCGGGCCUACUUCAACGGCGGCAUGGUCUUCAGUAACCUGGUGUUGGGAUUUGUUGCCAUUCUCAGCUACUACUGCUUCGUUCUCCUUGUUACCACCCGCCUGAAGGUUGAGGGUUCUUUCGGUGACAUUGGUGGCAUUCUGUACGGAAAGUGGAUGCGGAAACUCAUUCUGUUCUCCAUUGUCAUCAGUCAGAUUGGUUUUGUGGCUGCAUAUAUCGUGUUCACCUCGGAGAACUUGCAGGCAUUCUUCCUAGCUGUCUCCAAUUGUGAUACGUAUAUCCCCAUCACCUGGCUCAUCUUGAUGCAAAUGGUAAUAUUCCUACCAUUUGCUCUUUUCCGAGAUAUUGGCAAGCUAGGGUUCACUGCACUGAUCGCCGACGCAUUCAUUGUCAUUGGGCUUGCUUACCUCCUGUAUUAUGAUAUCCUCACCCUGAACGACAACGGCGUCGCAGAUAUCAUCUACUUUAACAAAAAGGACUGGACUCUUUUCAUUGGCACUGCUAUCUUUACCUUCGAGGGCAUUGGGCUUAUCAUCCCUAUCCAGGAGUCAAUGAAGGACCCUGCCAAGUUCCCCAAGGUUAUGUUCAUUGUCAUGAUUAUCAUUACGACGUUGUUCAUCGGCAUGGGUGCAGUGUCGUAUGCGGCCUACGGAUCCAAGACCGAGACCGUGGUCUUGUUGAAUCUGCCCCAGGAUAACAAAUUUGUCAACAGCGUCCAGUUCCUAUACUCGGUUGCUAUCCUGCUCUCCACCCCUCUGCAGAUUUUCCCCGCCAUCAAGAUUACGGAGAACGCCCUGUUCACACAGAGCGGCAAGUACAACCCCUAUAUCAAGUGGCAGAAGAACGGCUUCCGAUUCCUCGUCGUUUUCCUCUGCGCUUUCAUUGCUUGGGGUGGUGCCGAUGACCUCGACAAGUUCGUUGCCUUGGUUGGUAACUUUGCUUGUAUCCCUCUGGUUUACAUCUACCCGCCCCUACUGCACUACAAGGGAGUAGCAAGAAGCAGGCUUUGGAAAGUCUCUGAUAUUUGCCUUUGCAUCUUUGGUUUUAUCGCGAUGGCAUACACCACCAGUCUGACUGUCAUCUCCUGGGCCAGCGGCCCCUCGGGUCCGAGCCUGCCCAAGUACUGUGACGACCCCAACCUCUAG